AUAUAUAUAUAUGUAUGUAUUCGGUGUAUACAUAGAUUGUAAUACUUGCCGACUGUUAUUUCGCAGAAUUCCUAAAAAUCAUUAUAACAAUUAUAAAUAAAUUAUUAUAACAAUAAAUAUAAGUAAGCCCGUUAAACAAGUAAACUUCACGUAAUCAGAUGAUAUGACGACCUGAACUUUUUGGUUAGGUUAAAUAUACGUGAUAUGCGUGAUACAAACUAUUGGUUAGGAUUCUCUAAAGACUGAAAGUCGCCACCGAAAAUUCGCGCUAGUUGAGCUGUGCAUAUUGUUAAACACAAAUCUACAUCUAGGUUAGAGCUUAGCUCUAAUCCUAGGCAAACCUAGUGUGAUGGCUCUUCAAUAUGUGAUGAAUAGAAUUAAGGCACUGUUCCUCAUUAUCUUUGGAGUCUUCAGGCGAGCAAUGUGCUGUUUUCGAAAACGUAGGAGAUCUUCCUGUGAAUCCAUACCACUUUCAGCCGUUGGGGUCAUACCCAACAACGUCAAUAAUCACAUGGAAUUGGAACAGUGGACGCAAUGGGGAGAUAAUCCCAUUGUUGUUGUACCAGACAAACCAGAAAACAUUAUUCAGGCAAAAAUUGAACAGUAUAGACAACAAGUGUCCAAGCCACCAGAAUCCCCCAAUGAUGAAGCACAACCAGAUUUCUUUGAGGACAUGACACCAAAAAUAACAAGACAAACAAAAAUUCUUAUUAAGAAUAAGCCAAAGGAAGAAAAAAACUGGAAUACUUCCAGAUUUGCAGUCAUAGCUGAUCCUGUACCCACUAAUGAACUUGGAGAAUGGGAGGAUAAUACUGCUGGUUGGGAAAAAGAGACAGUAAAAGAAUUAGGAGACCCGACUGAAGCAUUAAGAGAACAGAAACGGAAAGAGAGACAACAAAGAAUGCUUGAACAGCAACAGAGAAGGAUGGAUCGAACUGCAAGACCGCAGCCAUUGGGGGCAAAAAUAGCUUCUUGAUCGACAAUCUAUGCAUUACAUCAUUAAAUAAGAAAUGUGGCAAGUCUUACAGAUUCACAGAAUUUAAGUGAAUGUAGGAAACAUAAAAAUAGCUAAAAAAAAACAUAAAAAGGAGAAUUUACCGAAAAAUCGUAUUUUUCUGAAACAUGCAAAUACAAUGUCGCUUAAACCGUUUCGAGGUAUUGAAAAAGUGAGAUUUAUUGAGAACACAUUCCACACAACUCACGUUGAUAUGAAGAUUAUUGAUAGACAAUGUUAUGACGAUUUUAUUAUUCGUUCGUUUUUGACCGAGAAGCUACUAUUCUAUUAUUUGUAGACUUUGUAUGCAAGAUAAUGAGCCUGAGCUAUAACUUGAGUGAUUAUUCAAUUUGUUGUAAUUUGUCACAGAUAUAACAUACCAUAGCUUCAACGUCAUUCCUUGUAGCCAGGAUUCCUUAUGGGAAACUACGCUAAUGAGGAUUCACCAGCAGAUAGGCAGCUGUAGUUACAUCUAAAAUAUUUAGUGCACGGUCCCUUAUAUAAGUCCAGCAACUCCGCUCAAUUUUUUCUGGUGGGAAGGAUUCACAAACUGUCCACCGAUUGAAUAGUUUUUCUUAUGACUUUGUCUGUCGCUGUAAUCACGGAAUGUCAUCAGGAAACAGCAUCCUUUGACAAUAGUACUUCUAAUGUUAGAUGCAGGCACUACUCAAUCCGUGGGACAUUAAGCGACGUGAUCCCUACCACCAAAGUUACCGCAUCUGCAUACAAGAGCGCGAUGCUAGCCAAUGUCAAAAUGCAACUUGCACUGGCAAAAUUGAUGGAUGUUUGAUUUUUUCCCAACUAAUUGUAAAUUUACUGCAAGUAUAACAUAUUAAAGGUAGAUUAGUGGCACAUAUUAAUAACCCCCCACCUACACACACACACACACACACGCACACACACACACACACACACACCAACACGCAAAAAAAAAAUAAAAAAAAAAAAAAACAC